CACUGCUUCCAUUCAACUUUCUCUCUCCUUUCUAGAAUCGUUCCUUUGAUCUUCUCUCUCUCUACAUUGUUAACUUCAGGCUUUCUCAAUAAUGCCGGUUUCUUGAAGCUGUCUCACUAUUUUCUGUGGCUACGUUUUUUUACGUAGAACUUAUUGCCAAAUACUUGUGAUAAUAUUUGUAUAUUUAAGUUUUGACAUUUCUGGUGCUGGUUGAAGAUGCAAAUAUAUGAAAAUGCAGCUUCAUUCUGAGCUUAGUUUUUGUUAGAAAUGGAGGAGUAGUGAACCCCAGUGUCCGAUUUGUGGCUACAUAUUUUGAUUUUGAGAAGAUACAAAGCUACCUUUACUAUUCUUUUCUCCUAGCUGAAAGAGCAGUUUCUAAUUUUCCUUAAAGAAGAAAAAUACUAGGGUUUUGAAGAGGGGAAAUUUGUGGUUAAUGAUGGAUUUGAGGGUUUAGGAGAGAGGCAGAGGCAACAAAACAUGGGGAGUCUAAGGAGCUUUGUCAUGAAGGAUAAAGAGGAAGAGCUAACAUUGUUUCUAGAAAUGCGAAAAAGGGAAAGGGAAAGAAAUGAUCUUCUUCUUCUUCACAACUCCCAUGAAUUUGAUGCUCCCUUUGGAGCUAAAAGAGGUAGUUCUCCUAUUUUUGACUUUGCAUCAGCAACUCCAAUGAGGAAGACUGGUGCUGAUGAUUUCCUCAGUGCUGACAAUGAUAAAAAUGACUAUGACUGGCUUUUAACACCUCCAGGUACUCCUCUUUUUCCUUCACUUGAGACGGAGUCGCAGAAGACAGUAAUGAGUCAACUUGGAACUCCUAAAGCUCGUCCUACUGCAUUGAAAUCUAGAUUGGCAAAUCCCCUGCUCGAGCCCGCUUCGAGAAGCAACAUAGCAUCUAGACAGCUGGCUUCCUCUCCUGUAUCAAAUACUUCAAGUUCAGGCCUCCGGAGACCAUCAUCUUCAGGUGGAUCAAGGCCUUCAACUCCCACUCGAAGACCCACAUUAAGCACAUCUAAAUCCACUUUGACAGCCUCUAGACCCUCAUCUACUACAGCAUCCAAAGCAAUGACAUCCACUGCAACCUCGAAAACAAUGUCAACGACAUCAGUAUCUAGACAAUCAAGGCCUGCAACACCUACUUCUCGUGCCACUUUGGCUUCUGCUAAAGCCACAGCACCUCCAAGAUCUUCAUCACCUACUGCAAGGUCUAGUGCGAGGUCCUCAACACCAACUACCAGGGUGUCUACUCCUGGAUCAAAGUCCGUAUCAAGGGUAUCAACUCCAACACGUCGGCCAAGUUCAGCAACUAGUACAGCUAAUACAAAUGCUACCCUGGUUAAAUCUUCAGCUAAGUCAGCUACAAGCACGGCUAGAAAUCCUUCAGUCUCACGUCCUAGUUCUCCCACUGUAAAGCCCAGACCAUGGAAGCCUUCAGAUAUACCGGGAUUCUCUCCUGAUGCUCCACCCAAUUUAAGGACAUCCCUACCUGACAGGCCAAUUUCAGCCACAAGGGGUAGACCUGGAGCGCCAAGUGUUAGAUCUUCAUCUGUUGAGCCAGCUUCAAAUGGAAGAAUUAGAAGACAAUCAUGCUCUCCAGCAAGAGGACGUCCUCCUAAUGGUGUUAUCCAUAGCAGUGGAAGCUCUGUACCUAUCCCAGCUAUGAGUCGAUUGCAUGCUAAAGCUAAUGAUAACGUAAGCCCUGUUGUGGUUGGAAAUAAGAUGGUUGAAAGGGUAAUAAAUAUGCGGAAACUGGUUCCUCCAAAGCAGGAUGACAAACAGUCUCCACGUAGUAACUUAUCUACAAAGUCUUCAUCACCUGACAGCUCAGGCUUUGGAAGAACAUUGUCAAAGAAAUCCUUGGAUAUGGCAAUUAGGCACAUGGAUUUAAGGCGAAGCAUCCCAGGUAAUCUGCGUGCUUUGAUGACAAAUAUUCCUGCAUCUUCUAUGUACAGCGUGAGAUCAGGACCUAAUAGAAGCAGGACUGUGAGUGUAUCUGACUCUCCACUUGCUACAAGCAGCAAUGCUAGUUCUGAAGUGAGUGUUAAUGACAAUGCCCUAUGUGUGGAUGGGAUUGAAGCUGAUGAUGAUAUUAACAGCGAUAAAGGUCAUCGAUCUCCUGCUAGUGUGCACGGAAGGUGAUUAUUCUCCUUUCCUGCUCAGGAUUGAAUUUCUAAUUUUUGGAGCGGUGAAUAGCACCUGAAUAUAAUUGUUUCUCAGGAGGUUGAUAGAUUUAGUUGACUUGAAUAUGUAGAGAUAUAUAUGCACUGUUUAGGUACUACCAUGCCAUGCAUCAUUACUUAUGUGCUGAGAUAUUCCGUGUUAUUAUUCAUGAGAAAUGUGAUCCUAGCUUCUUGUGCUAUUUGCACGAGACGUAUGUAAUUAGAAUGUCUGAACAUUGUGUCAA